GAGCGAGUGAUUGAGCGUUUGCGUGAGCAGAAGGAGCGGGAGGACAGGGCACGGCUGGAGGAGGUGGAAAGGAUGAGGAAGGAGAACCAGGAACUGAAGGAUAGACUCUCCAUCCUGACGACACACACACCUGGGUCCCAGAAUACGGAGGAGUCAACCAGGAAGUUGUUAGAGGUCAGCGACAGGAUCAAGCUGCUGGAGGAAGAAGUGACGCGUUACCGAGAAGAGUCUGGGAAGUCCCAGGCCGAGGUGGAGAGGCUCAUGGGUAUCCUGAGAGAGCAAGAGACGGAAAGAACCAACAAGGAGAAGAAAAUCACUGAGCUGGAGAG